AUGAAGACUGACGACACCGAUGCGCAGCCGCAGCAAACGUCGCGUCGCCGAGGUCGGCCAACUCUGCAGGAGUCUGUCGACGCGCUGGUGCUGGGGCAACUCCGCGCUGACGGCAUUGCCCUUCCUGCACCAAUGGAAGCUGAAUUGUGCUGGUGCGAGGAGAAUGAUGUGGACGCGGCCUCUCAAAGUACUGAGGUUGCCACAGGGGUUGCUGCACUUGGUCGAUCUGCCAUGUCCGCGGCGAAGGGAGCGAAGCGACCUAGCGAUAGUUUCUCGGGUAGGGACCGCAUCAGUGCCACCAGCGACGCUGAGGCUGACUUUGCCGUGGUUCUGCAAGAGGUGCGCACGCUGGUGCGUCACGGCCAAUCCUGCUGUGGCUGCCGUGACGACACCACCACCACGACCACAGGAGCAGCAGCGAUGUCUGCCAGUGUGGACUACCCCCGCUCUGAAUUUUCACGGGUCUCUGCGCAGCUGUCCGCGCGUCUGCCAACAACUUCGAUAUGGUUGGCACAGAUCCACGACUUCUGCGUCCUUCUUGAGGACAUGGCCGCCGCUGCUGCCGCCGGAGACGCGGACGGCACAGCCUCGGCAGAAGAGGAUCGGCCGGAGGGAGCCAACGCAGGUAUCACGGAGCGCACACCGACCUCGGUAACAUCCCUGACCCGGGAACGUGUGGUGGCAGCGCCGAAGGCGUUCUCAUUUUCUUCUGCCAACCGCUCGUCCUCCGAUGCCGCAGCGGCAGCGAACGCCAGCGACUUCUCCACUGUCGCUGAUGAGCUCUUCUCCUCCGCCGAGGAGGUGGAGGGAUCUGACGGCGGCGGAAGCGGCGAUGGCCAGCACCAUCGUUCAGAGCUGACCCCUGUGACACCUACGGCGACAGCCGUGGCUGCUGUCGUACAGACCUCCCCGAUCUCGCGCAUGACAUCGCUGGAGCACUCGGUGUCCAUCGCGCAGCCCUCUUUGUACAGCAGCCAGAGCAGCAGUGCCGCCCCUUCCUCCUUUCACGACACGUCGCGGUCCGCAGAGCCGCAUCGAGACGAGGCGGAGGCGGAGGAGAGUGCGUUGUGUGCGCCAACUCAGGCGAACCGCAGUGUGCGAGCCACCGCCGCUCUUGCAGAUGUGUGGCUGGGCGGCUUCGACUUGCCGGGGGUGCACGCAGGUGGUUGUUGUGACAUCGCUGCCUCCCCAGCUGUGGGAGCGGCGCUCAACCGCAGCGGCGCCUCCUUGGCACCAGGGCCGACCUCCACGUCGCCUGCUCAACAACACUUGCACCAGCGGCAGCAGCAAACCCCCACCCCUGGCGUACGCGCGCCUGCUGAGCGGCAUUUCCGUUCUCACGAGGCUCAGCAGAGCUGGCAACAAACACUUCAGCAGCGACAAGACGCGCUGUUGUGCCGGCGCUGUGUCCGAGUGCGUGCGGAUACACCGGAGUCACCAAUGGCGAGCUCUUCGCCAACCGCCAGCGGUGCAGCGGCGCAACGGACAUGGGCCAAAUACAUUGGGGGCGGCACAGUGGCGCCAGUGAUGGAUCACAGGGCUGCCGCUGAACACCUGCACGGCCUCUGCGGGCUGCUGCAGACUGAUUUGAUUGUCAUCAGCGCUCUGCAAGAGCUGUCGACGUUGAUGGACACCGUAUGUGUGCCACUGUCUGCCGGCAUCGCAGCUCAUGACGGCAAGGCCGCGCCACCGCCAAACGCGAUAUCCAACUUCUUUGCGGCUGCCACGCCCCUUCUGGUUUCCCUUCAGCAGCACCGCAAGAUACAGGCCCGCUCUGCACAGGAGGCCAGCAUGCUGCACGACGGCGGCAACUCGUUGGGGGUCAGCAGUCCGUCUACAGACACGUUGGCCUCCAUUUUGGACCCAUUUGUCCCCCCUGGUCGGAACGGUAGCGCGAUGACGGAUAGUGACCAAACUGGCACUGCGCCGCUGAUACUGUCCGUGCUCCACCCGCUGAGUGCCCUGGGCUACACCUCAAUGCUGCGGAGUGUGACGUCGACGGCAGUGGGCGGAUUUCUGAACGGCGAGCCUGACGGCGCUGGCGACAACCUCAGCCAUGAAGAGCAUCUCACCCGUUACACUGUUGCAGUGGCGCCGUACCUUCUCGCAUGGCAGGCAGGCGCUGCUGAGGGCGGCAACUGCGACGGCACGCCACGGCAGGAGGUGCCGCAUCGUCAUGGUUUCGUGUGCCCUGCUGAUAGGGAGGGCGCCUUACCACUAGCACGGGCGUCAUGCGCCGUGUCCUCCUCCAGACUGCCCCUACCCGUCUGGUUAUAUGUGGAGUCUCUUACAACAACGCUGUUGGAAGAGGCGCGCAAGCUAAAUGCCAUGUAUGAGCUCUACGUGCUUUUAGUGGCGGAGUCAACGCUGCAGAGCCGUCGUAGAGGUGCAAUGAAUGCUGUGUGUGCUGGCGAUAUUGCUACAGCGACCUCCAACGCGUUCUCGUCGACACCUGUGUGGCACGGUGGCACCGGCGAGACACUGAUGUCUUACGUGCGCCGCCGAGGUCGUGCCGCGUCCAUUGCCCAGGGCACCGGGAUCUUGGGCAUGGCUGUUCCACUCGACAAUGGUCUUGAAAAGUUCGUGACGCCUGUUAGCGCUCACCUGCUGAACUCGCUCGACCAGUUGGAGGGGCGUCACAUGCUGCACGGUGUGUUUCAGGAGGUGCAUCUCAGCGAUGUGGUGGCCCGCGCCCGGGCGCGUCUGGGGCAGCAGAUUGGUUCUUCUUCUGCUGAUCCACGCCGCUCGCCUUCCGCCCCAAGAGCGGACGACGAGGAGGGACUUGGCAGUUUCACCUUGCCACCAGGCACGUUGUCGCCUUCUGCACUGCGCAGCACGAGGAGUACGCGGCCGAGCAUACGUGACGUGGAGCAACGGACGUCUUCUGGGCGCGGCAGUGGUGGUGAAAACGACGGCGAUCAGACGGCAGAGCAGCAACGGCGAGGCGACAGCGACGGCGACACCACGCGGCAGCGUCGCGGACGCGCCACCGCGCGGCGCCUCAUUAACCUCUCAGGCCCAGGCCAGACACGCCACGCCAUCAUCGAGGGCUUCGUUCGCUAUCUGACUGGUGGGGAUCGGCGCCGCAGUGGUACCGCCAGCGGUGGCGACAAUAGCCCCUCUCACGGCGGUGAUCAGCGAUCCGCAGCCGAAGGUGGGGGCUCGCCGUCGCAGCAGCGUGCCUCUUCCCACGCUGCCUCACACCACCACAGUGGGCUGACGCUGGACGUGCCGCACACAUCGUCACUGCUGCAGGAGAUGGACGCGCGACUCGAGGCAGGGGCGUCAAAUGUGGUGCUCAUUCGCUCGGUAGAGCGACCGCUUCACACUAGCUCACUUCUCAACGCGCUUAACGUCGGCAAGCACCUCCCUCAUAAGCAAGCGGAGCUUUCGACACGUCACUACUUUAACGCCCGCGCCGCGACCUUCACCACGCGGCACACGCUGCCAUCGUACCCCGCCGCCUGUGUGUCGCUGGUGCAGUGUCGUUGGCAGCCCGUGUUUCAGUCCACAAUGUGCUUUUGCCCCGUGACGCGCCGCCGCUGCCUCGACCCGCUUGUCUGUGGCGCGUUGCUCCUCUGCUCCACGCUGCCACCGCAGGAGAUCAUCUACUCGGCUCCGGACCCGUCGCAGUCGUCCACACCAGCGCACAGCGUCUCGGGAGGACCAACCGAAGUGGCGGUGCCCUCCGCGACGAGUGCAACUGCCGCCGCGAAUGCAAAUCGCCAGCUCCCCAACACCAUUCGAGCGCUGCGUAGCCGCUACGAGCGGAGCACCGAGCCACCUCGACUGGCGCAGCAACGACUAACUCAAGCACCAUCGCCACGUUCCGAUCGGCCGCAGCCGCAGAGCUCUGCUGUCUCUCUUCGCACCCCUGACAUGCGAACAGGUUUGACAGGGCCUCUGGUGUCGCAGCAGCAGCAGCAACGGCAGUAUCAGCGGCUGCAGGAGCUACGCCCACCGGUGCCCCUGCUUCCGCACACCGCACUCGCCGACCCUAUCCGCAUCAUCUCUAUUUCCUCCCUCUUCCCAGCCUUUCUCCUUCGCGGGCCGUCAAUUAUGCCGGAUACAAUGACAAUUUCGCGCAUCACGACGCGCACGGCGGCGGCUCUCAAUGCCGACUCUGGCAUGCUUGCCAGCGAAGGUGAUGAGGGACGGCAGGAGGAUGAUCAGGGGGGUGGCUCCACGACAGCGACAGCGGCAGCUGCGGCAGUGGAGCCGCUCAUCAAUGACGCCUUUCAUGUCGUGCGUACUGUCACGGUGUCACCUGAGCUCCCGCUGGUGACGCGCAAUCUUCUCGCCUCGCCGGACAGGGCUUAUGCGUCGUUGCUGAACCCACCAACGCUGCUAGAGUGCGGGCACGUCGUGUCGCACAAGACGUACCUCGACCUGCGCACCACAGCACGGCGGACAAACCGCAACACGGCUGCCGUCACCGCCGCGGGCACCACCACUGUGGUUUGCUGCCCCUACUGCAGCAAGGUGACGUCGGUGAAGAAUGCCGUGACGCUGUCUUACCUUUAUUGA